ACGCAUAAGAUUUGAAAGCGCCAUACCAAAAGGGAAAAUACAGAAAAAGAAAGAAAAAAAUCCCUAAAAGCCAUCCGAAUUUCCCAAUUGUGGCAUAGGAAUGCCCUCUUGUUCUCUAUUUCACCACACAAAUUCCCAAUUCUAACUUGGUUUUUUUUUGUCUCUCACACACUCCUUUCAAUCUCCAAUUAAUUACUUUUCUUCAAUUUGAAGCGUGUCUGAAGUUGGUUGAAGCAUUGUGUUAUUGUUCUGGUUUUGGUCUCCGAGGUUUGUGUCGGAUUCCGAUGUAUUAUGUAAAAGAAGCUGCGCAUGUCGACCCCAUGUUCGUAGCUGAUAACACCAACCCCAAGGAUUAUUACAAAGUGCUGGAGGUUGAAUAUGAUGCAACCGAUGAAAAUAUCAAAUUAAAUUACCGAAGACUCGCGCUGAAAUGGCAUCCUGACAAGCACGGAGGAGAUAGUGCUGUUACUGCAAAAUUUCAAGAGAUAAAUGAAGCUUACAAUGUAUUAAGUGAUCCUACCAAGCGUUUGGACUAUGAUUUAACUGGGAUAUGCGAGAUUGAAAAAUAUAGCUUGCAGGAGUAUCUUGCCAGAUUUAAAAGCAUGAUUCUUACCUGCAAUGGACUUGGUAUCAAUCAGACAGACAGAUGGUCUCAGCAAUUGAUUGAAAAUUUUGAGUCCCUAGAUAAAUAAGGCAUCUGAAUCACAAUUUCGGCCAGUGGAGUGAUGAAUAAGAAUAUCUAAGCUUGUCUUUUUUCUUUAACAUGCUCUUAAAUUCCACCACACUCGAUUUCACUGAGUUUUGAAACCUCCAUAAUUGACAAUGCAACCUGGUCUGACGGUAUCAUCCGUACUACUGUAACAUUAUGCUACAUCAAUGUGUACGUUUAGAAUGAUCUGUUGUAAUAAACCUUGUACAAGUUUUCUUUCAUGCAUCUUCCCUCUUAGUUUGUUGACUGGUCGGUAAUAAGUUGCAUUUACCUGUAUAUUUAAUCAAUUAAUCCAUUUAUCAUUCUCUAUCAA